AUGUCGCGAUACCCUGAGGCAGAUGAGGCCCAAUACGGCCACUACAACGACGGUUAUUCGCCGUAUCCAAGCCACAACCUCAAUCCGUAUGAGAUUCAACAAGCCCCUAGUUCUUACGAGCUGCGGGACACGUCGAGCCCGUUCGAACAUGAACACCAGCCGUACCAGCCUAUCCAUGCAGAUCCAUUCAUAGGCUCGCAUGCGCCGUCCCAUCCCAGCCUCUACAGUGCGCCCUCGGUGCAAGACCCUUUCGCGAACCCGAUGCACGCGGUAUCACCUCCACCGUUACACACUGGCUCGCCCGCCAUCUCGCAGCAAAAUGACUAUCUCCACGCUGGUUAUGGAAGCAUGCACACGGUUACUCCGCCGCCGCUGCGCAUGGAGCCGUCCUCUGUCACCUUAUAUGACCCUGGCCCCGUAAUGGACCCACAGGAGGAUAUCGACGAGGGCCUAGAGGAUGCAGGAGACUAUCCACUGUUGCGAAGGAAGUCAGAAUUGUCAAGCCUCCCCAUUCCGGGCGACUAUGAGCCUGUUGCCGCAGACGAUAGGUCCGAGACCAACAUCAGAUAUGGUCGCAUCCCACAGCGUGUCCCCCGGCGCUACAAGACCAUCAAGAAGGUAGAGCUGUUCCAGGGCAACUUCGUGCUGGACUCGGCGGUGCCGACGAAGCUGCUGGACAUGUGUGCGCAACGGAAUGAACGUGAAUUCACACACAUGCGAUACUCUGCGGCCACAUGUGAUCCCAAUGACUUCAAGGAUUCGGGCUUCACUCUCCGGCAACUGCACUACGACCCGCCGCGGCGCACCGAGUUGUUCAUCGUCAUGACGAUGUACAACGAGGACGAAGAGCUAUUCUGCCGGACCAUGCACGGUGUCAUGAAGAAUGUCGUUCAUUUGUGCAAGCGCGAUCGGAGUAAGACGUGGGGCAAGGAUGGUUGGAAGAAGGUUGUGGUGUGCAUUGUUUCGGAUGGGCGGCAGAAGAUCAACUCGAGGACGUUGAGUGUGAUUGCUGCAAUGGGUGCUUACCAGGAGGGUGUUGCCAAGAACAUUGUCAACGGCAAGCCUGUUGCCGCCCAUAUCUACGAAUACACCACGCAGAUCUCCGUGACGCCCUCCAUGAAGAUUGAAGGUGCCGAGAAGGGUUUCGUUCCCGUGCAGAUCAUCUUCUGCCUCAAGGAGAAGAAUCAAAAGAAGAUUAACUCUCACCGGUGGUUCUUCAAUGCCUUUGGGCCGAUCCUGGAACCCAAUGUAUGCGUGCUGCUUGAUGUCGGGACGAUGCCUGGGCCCACAUCCAUCUACCACCUGUGGAAGGCGUUCGAUAUAAACUCAAAUGUCGGCGGCGCGUGUGGGGAGAUCGUCGCACUGAAGGGCAAAUACGGCCGGAAUAUGCUCAACCCUCUUGUUGCUGCACAGAACUUUGAGUACAAGAUGUCCAAUAUUCUGGACAAGCCUCUUGAAUCUAUUUUCGGCUACAUCACUGUACUUCCAGGUGCCUUCAGUGCCUAUCGCUACAUAGCUUUGCAGAACGACGCUAUGGGCCAAGGCCCUUUACAGAAGUACUUCCUUGGAGAGAAGAUGCACGGCGCGGGCGCCGAUAUCUUCACGGCCAAUAUGUAUCUGGCCGAAGAUCGAAUUCUCUGCUGGGAGCUUGUCUCGAAACGGGGCGGCUCAUGGAUCUUGCACUAUGUAAAGUCCGCGUACGCAGUCACGGAUGUCCCAGACCAGGUCCCAGAGUUGAUCUCACAGCGCCGCCGCUGGCUGAACGGAUCGUUCUUCGCAGCUAUACAUGGUACCGUCAAGUUCUACUAUAUCUACCGCUCGUCGCAUACGCUGCUCCGAAAGUUCUGGAUCCACGUCGAGUUCAUCUACCAGACGUUCAACUUGUUCUUCUCUUGGUUUGCUCUUGGCAACUUUUAUAUCUUCUUCGUGAUUCUGACCAGCUCAUUGGAGACGUACUUUGGCAAUCCGAUCAAAUACGUCAACAUGGUCCUCAACUACUUCUAUCUCGGUCUACUUAUCAUGUGCUACCUCCUGUCUCUUGGUAACCGACCUCAAGGGUCGAAAUGGGGUUACACGCUUGCUUUUGUCGGUUUCGCGCUCAUCACGGUCUACAUGACGGUGGCCGCCUUCUUCCUCGUUUACGAAGAAGUGAAGGCUCUUGCGAAGGAGAAGGGCUCACUUGACCUUUCCGUCUUGUUCAGCAGCUCUAUCUUCAUAGACAUCGUGGUCUCGUUGAUGUCGACGUACGGGCUGUAUGUCCUUGCGUCGCUCUUACACUUUGAGCCAUGGCAUAUGAUCACUUCCUUCAUCCAAUACCUGUUGAUGGCGCCGUCAUACAUCGCGGUAUUGAACGUCUAUGCUUUCGCGAAUGUACACGAUGUCUCCUGGGGCACCAAGGGUGACAACAAGGUCUCCACUGAUCUGGGUGUAAUAAAGACGAGCAAGAACUCGAACGAGGUAGAGGUCGAAGUACCGACUGCAGAGACGGACAUCAACGCUGCAUAUGAAGAUGCCAUUCACAUGCUGUCGACGAAGCCGCCGAGGGAAGACCCCAAGCCCGAUCCACAAACGGAGCAAGAGGAUUACUACCGCAGUUUCCGAACGAAGUGCGUCAUGUCUUGGUUUUGUCAAGCUGGCUUGUUGCUGACAUGCCUUGUUCGCGCAGCGUGCUACUUGCGUGGACCCUCUCCAACGUGGGGCCUCCUUGCGGCGAUCAUAGUAGCUUUGAAUGACGAAUCUUCGACGAAGGUGCUUGGCUACAUGGCCUUCAUCCUGUACUCCGUUGCCGUACUGGCAUUCAUCCGCUUUGUUGGAUCAGCAGUAUACAUGCUCGUCCGUCUCUUCGCGGGUGAAUGA